CAAACCCUGUAAUUGCCCUUUAAAUCAAGAUAGUAAACCUUUCGCUGUUUCUGAGCGGACUUGAGCUUUAAGACUACUUUAAGAAGGUACUUGGAUAACUAGCUAGAGGUCUGAAUUUCUACACCAGGCCUCAGAUAGAGUCAGACAGGGAGGAGGAAGUUCUGCUUUUCUGGGUUUUGCACCGAGAAAACCAGGACUAGGAAAACAGACAAAGUUAAGGGCUUGUCGGGGUUUCCAUUUUUUCAUCAAGGUACCUUCUAAAGAUCAGUCUCUCACCCCCAACCCCUAGUCUUAAUUUGCCCCCUUCACAUUGGUAGCUCGUGUAAAUGAACUUAAUGAGAAAAUUACGUUAGGUUUGAAGGUUCUUUAGGACUUUGUCUUGCGAAUAACCUGCAGAUUCAAACAGAAUUAUUUAAAAAAAAAAAAAGGCAGCGAUCCAAGCAGUUGAAUUGAAGGCAUUCUGGGGAAACCUGCCACUGAUUGUGAAAAUCAUCUUUGGUCUUGAAAUUAAAAGUAAAGCUGGAAAGGAAUUUACAAACGAGAAAAAAAAGAAGUUUGGGAUCGGACUCACAGGAUCUGGGCUUGGAAAUGCCUCAGCCCAGUGUAAGCGGGAUGGAUCCGCCUUUUGGGGACGCCUUUCGAAGCCACACAUUUUCGGAACAGACUCUGAUGAGCACAGAUCUCUUAGCAAACAGUUCAGAUCCAGAUUUCAUGUAUGAACUGGACAGAGAGAUGAACUACCAACAGAAUCCUAGAGACAACUUCCUUUCUUUGGAGGACUGCAAAGACAUUGAAAAUCUGGAGUCUUUCACAGAUGUCCUGGAUAAUGAGGGCGCUUUAACCUCAAACUGGGAACAGUGGGAUACAUACUGUGAAGAUUUAACGAAGUACACCAAACUAACCAGCUGUGACAUCUGGGGAACAAAAGAAGUGGAUUACUUGGGUCUCGAUGACUUUUCUAGCCCUUACCAAGAUGAAGAGGUCAUAAGUAAAACUCCAACUUUGGCCCAGCUUAAUAGCGAGGACUCCCAGUCUGUUUCUGAUUCCCUUUAUUACCCAGAUUCACUUUUCAGUGUCAAACAAAAUCCCUUGCCCUCUUCAUUCCCUGGUAAAAAGAUCGCAAGCAGAGCAGCUGCCCCCGUUUGUUCUUCUAAGACUCUUCAGGCUGAGGUCCCUUUGUCAGACUGUAUCCAGAAAGCAAGUAAACCCACGUCAAGCACACAAAUCAUGGUGAAGACCAACAUGUAUCACGCCGAGAAGGUGCACGUUCACGUUGAAUGUAAGGACUAUGUGAAAAAGGCAAAAGUAAAGAUCAGCCCCGUGCAGCCGCCGCAGCCGCAGCCGCAGCCGCAGAGCCGGCCGGCGUUGAGCCAGGCCCGCGCGGACGCAGCCACGGAGAACACCUGCGCCUGCGGGGUGGCUGCAAAGAGGCCAGAGAGGAAAGGCACGGAGCCGCUUCAGGGUCAGGCCACUCCAGCUUUGCCUUUUAAAGAAACCCAGGAACUAUUACUCAGCCCCCGGCCCCAGGAGGGGCCCGGGGCCGUGGCAGCAGGAGAGAGUGGCAGCCUGUCUGCCAGCACGUCGGUCUCAGAUUCAUCCCAGAAAAAAGAAGAGCACAAUUACUCCCUGUUUGUCUCCGACAACUUGGGGGACCAGCCAGCCAAGUGUAGUGCUGAGGAAGAAGAAGAGGACGAGGAGGACGCUGAGGACGAGGACCACGACGAGGGCUUUGGCAGCGAGCAUGAGCUGUCGGAGAACGAGGAGGAGGAGGAGGAGGAGGACGACGAGGAUGAGAAGGACGAUGACAUCAGCGACACUUUCUCGGAACCAGGUUAUGAAAAUGAUUCCGUGGAAGACUUGAAGGAGAUGACUUCAAUAUCCUCUCGGAAGAGAGGCAAGAGAAGGUACUUCUGGGAGUAUAGUGAACAACUCACACCGUCACAGCAAGAGAGGAUGCUAAGGCCGUCUGAAUGGAACCGAGACACCUUGCCAAGUAAUAUGUAUCAGAAAAAUGGCUUGCAUCAUGGAAAAUAUGCAGUAAAGAAGUCACGGAGAACUGACGUAGAAGACCUGACUCCAAAUCCCAAAAAGCUAUUGCAGAUAGGCAAUGAACUACGGAAACUGAAUAAGGUGAUCAGUGAUCUGACUCCAGUCAGUGAGCUUCCCUUAACAGCCCGACCAAGGUCAAGGAAGGAAAAAAAUAAGCUGGCUUCCAGGGCUUGUCGGUUAAAGAAAAAAGCCCAGUAUGAAGCUAAUAAAGUGAAAUUAUGGGGCCUCAACACAGAAUAUGAUAAUUUAUUGUUUGUAAUCAACUCCAUCAAGCAAGAGAUUGUAAACCGGGUACAGAGUCCAAGAGAGGAGAGAGGACCCAACAUGGGGCAGAAGCUUGAAAUCCUCAUUAAAGAUACUCUUGGUCUCCCAGUUGCUGGGCAAACCUCAGAAUUUGUUAACCAAGUGUUAGAGAAGACCGCAGAAGGCAAUCCCACCGGAGGCCUUGUAGGACUAAGGAUACCAUCAUCAAAAGUGUAAUCAGCCUCAUUGGGCCACUGGUCAGAAGUUUCUGAGUUUGUCAUGUUCUUCAUUGUAAAUUUUCAUUCUGUUUUGCAUGUCAGUUUAGCAUUAUGUAAACAUUUACAAUUAGGUUACAUUGUUUUAAGAACUAAGUAGCAUUAAGUGAAGCAUGACCCAAAGUAUUUGAUUAUUGCAUUUUCAGAGCAUAAACCAUGGUUACAACUGCUACUGGCAUCAGAAUUGAAACACAUUCGUUUAAGUAAAUGUUUAGAUACAGAGUGCAAAAAUCUGUUACAGCAAAACAUGUUGGAGGAGUGACGAUACUAGUAAAUGCCAAAUACUGUGGCAGGUUUAUGCUCUGAACCACAUACAAAAAAAUUGAGGAAGCAUUUUUUUUUAAAACAGUCAGUCUAGAUUGUUUUUAGAAUUAUUGCUUUUUGUUCUCAUUUUCCACAACCAUUAAUCUCACUUGUACAUGGCACAACCCAGCACUCACACCCGUGUGCCAUAUUAGAUGUUCAUUUUCUGAGCUCAAUAUGGUAUAUAUAAAUAUAUAUAUAAAUAUAUAUAUAAUGUCUGUGCAAGUAAGAAAAAAAAAGCAUAUUCUUUGUGCCUUGUAUUUUGGGGAAACUAUAAAACUGGUAAUAUUUUGUAUGAUGAAAACCCUAAUAAGGAUAAACAAGAUAUAUAGAUGGAAAAAUUAUGGGGUUUAAAUGUUUUUUUGUUCCAACUCUUUUUCAAAUUUUUGAAUGUAUAUAGGACUAUGUUGAAAUGUAGAUAUAUGCCACAGAGUCUGUGUAUUGUAUAAAAAACAAAACAAAAAAACAAACAAAAAAAGAUGGCUCUAGAAAACUCAUAUUUCGGUACUUGACCGGAAAAAGACAAAUACUUGCACAUUAUUGCGAUUGUUUUAUUUUUUGUACCAAAGACAAAUGCAACUGAUAUAUGGCAAACUGCCAGUCUAAGUAAAGUUUUGCACAGCUUACAUGAUACUGUAUGAAUGUAUGAAUAAAAGGAGAAAAAAAAAGAAAAGGUCAGGGUUAGGGAUCUUACUGAACUGUGAAUUUUAUUUCUGUUUGGGUCCAAUUAUCUACAGAAGGAGCAUCCACACAUACAAAUAUUAUUUUGCUGUUCCUCUAGUUCGCUUCCAUAGUAGAUAAGUUGGUGGCCAUUUAGGUGUCUGUAAAUCUUUUUAUUUCUGCACUUAUUGUAGGAAAUUUUAAUAUAUUUCAUUUUAGUAAGCUAUUGAUAAAAUAGUUUUUGACCUUGAAAUUUAAAAGUUUAUUUAGCUUAUUGUAGUAUACUUCCACCAAACAACCAAAAUACAGAUUAUUUUUAUUGUAUUAUGUAUGUAUAUAUAUGUAAAGACAGAGAAAAGCUAAAAAUAUCUAAUUCUUUAGUUGCCACUUUUCCAAUUGAUGUAUUAUUGUGCAUGUAAUAUUUUCAAAGAUCAACACAAGCUUAAAACAAAAACAAAAAAAUUUAUAGAUUUUUAUAUUUUUGUACAGGUAUUUUCAAACUAGCUUCUUCAAACCUACAUGUGACUUAUUUUUCUUCUAGUUUCUAGAACUGAGAAAUAUUAACACAUUUAGUUUUUAGGUGCUCUUUUUUGCUCACAUAAAACAGCUUCAUUAGUCAGUGUUUUAACUAUGUUAAAGCUUUACCUCUUGAUGAGAAAUUUCUUGUAUCAAGGCAGCAUUAUAAACCUUCCCCACAGAUUUUUUCCUCCUGUCUCUCUUACUGUUUUAUUCUCAAAUCUUGUGGUUUGAACUCUGAAAACUGGUGACUUAAAAACUAUAAUUAAAAAAAAAAAAAUCCUAUCUAGCCAGAAAAAAAUACCAAAAAUUUCAGACCUAGAUGCUGGGAAAAUAUCUGUUUCUCCAACUAUUUCUCCAUUACCCCUUGGAGAAUUUUUUCUUUAAUUGUAUUUUGUCUAUAUAGUGUAUUUCUUUUUCUUUUAACACAUUCUCCCCCCCCCCGCUCCCCAUUUGUAAGCGAUAGCCCAUGAAGCUAUCACUUACAAAGGUUUGAUUCUAACACACAGUUAGAAUCAAACAACUGAACAAUGCCUAUAUGCUUCUCUGACAUCGGGAUCUGAGAUGCACCAGAUUUCCUGGUGUGCUUGGUGGAAAUGUACCUGGUUAACGCAUUCACACUGAACAGAUGUAAGCUCAGAUCUGAUGGUUGAAUAGAAUGUAAGCUCAUUGUUUAAAGUUUUCAUUUUUAGGUGGGAGAAGGCAAAGCACAGGUUUGUAACUUGGAAUUAUAUGAGGUUUUGACAGUGUGUUUGGCAAAUUAAAACGUAUUCGAAAAUACGGCAGUUUUGCAAUCAGGUGAAAAUCACUUCACGAUAGAUUCAGCUGAUGAGGUUUAUAAAAUUGCCCCUUUCUAGCUGCUCUGUUAGGAAUUCUGGUUUUUGAUACUUUUUUCCUGUCUGCAAACCAGAAUUUGAUUUUUUGGUCUUGCAUUUCAAAAAAGACUUUGAAUCUGUUUAGUAGAUUACAUAUCCUUGCAUUUCAGUGUUUUAUAUGUACUACUUAAGUUAAAUAGUUAAAAGCUUUUAAAUAGUUGAGCUUUUUAAUGUUGACACUUUAUUUUGUACCUAUUUAUAUAUGUAUGUAUAUCUUAGAAAAGCACUUUGUUAAAAAAAAUUUGCAUUUUAUAUGAUUCCUGCCAUUUGCUGCUAAAUCUGGGCUGGUCAGAAUGCUGCAGCGAUACUUGAUCUAAAUAAAAACCUGGCGGUAAAAUGUAGAGUGAAAGUUAAAUCCUCUUGCUGUUUUAACUUUAUCAUAAAGAUGACAUAGGCAAGCUGUGCAGCUUUACAUUUUAACCAGGGGACUCUGUGGCAUUUAAAACCGUCUAGAAAUGGUUGUACUUUAAUGCCAGUAAUAAUCUGCUUCCUCUAUUGUCAUUAAAAUAUAUACGUUUAGUGUAUCACACAAGCAAAUCUUAUAAGGGUAAUGUAAAAAACCCCAACAAUUGUACAUGUUCUGUUUUUGAAAUUGUGGCAUGUAUUUUUGGGUGAAGAUCAUUAGAGAAGAGCUCUCUAAAGGUUUUCUGUGUUCAUACAUGGUAUACAGAUAGCUCAUAAUGAAGUCCAGAAUCUUACUUUAAGUGAAGGCAUUGUGAAUUCACCUCAAAUAAACCCCAUUGUUCCAAAAGCAAUUAUAUAAACGUUGACUCUAGUACUACUAUGACUUAAAAACAAAACAAAACAAAAAAGACAAAAAAACAAAAAACGUUCUUCCUCGUUUCAGAUACACUGGAUUCUUUAUAGAGUUUGUCUCCACAUGAAAGCAUGCUGUCCAGUUCUUGUUAAUAAGAUCUUGUCUGAGUUUUGAAUUGGGUGCCACACUUUUUCAGUCAAUAUGACCGCUUGUUCUACUGUACCAUGUAUGAUUCUUGUCCUUUCCUAGAUCCUUCAUGACACAUUAUGAUGUGGCUUUAUAUUGUGCCUUACUUGUACAUUAAAACAAAACGUCUUCAUUCUCUUCCACUUCCUAAAUCUUUCACUUUGACCUUUUUAGUAAGAGAAUCAGAGCUAUUAUAAAAACAUCAUGAAGGAUUUCAGAUGAGUCUGGUUUCAAGUUCCCUCUCUUUAUAGUUAUUUUAUGUUUGUAUGGAAGACCAGUUUUGAAUGGUCUUUGAAUAUGAGGGGGAAAGAGUAGCAGUAAUUUUACUACAUCCCUUUUUUUCUGAUGUUCAUGCAUUUGUCAGACAUCUUCUUUCUGAUGCUUGACUUUAUUUGCUCCUUAGCAAUAGUCUGCAUUUAAAGAGAUGUGUUCAGUUCAUCAACUUGAAAUUGACUAUUUCAUUUUUCCAGAAUUUUUUAGGAGAAGAGUACCCAUUUUGUUUGUUUUAUAAAACAGAUGACAAGUCUCUUUAAAAGAAACAGAAGUACAGUAAUUUUGAAACACAAUGCUGUUAGUUUGGAUUUCUUUUUUUAUAUAUAAUAUUCAUACAAUUAUCUGAUGUUUGCCUUCAUUAAUAAAGCUGUUAGUUUAUUCACCAAAA